UAUGAAGAUUAUAAUGGCAAAUAUUUUGCUACUGCAAUCGAUUCAACAGAAACUGGCCAACGUAUUCCUAACACCCAAUUCGGUGUUCUUUCUGAUCCUAUUGAAACAAGCAAUUUUACAAAAUUUUUACAAUAUCUUGAUAAAAAUCUUGAUAAUCAACAACCUACUUCUGAUAAAAAUAUUGUAAAUAAAGUUGAACAAAUUUUAAUUAAUUUUCGAAUUCAAUUUGAUAAAAAUGAACCUUUACUAGACAAAAUUAAUAGAAUUCUUAAAGUUAGUGAAUCAUUAAAUGAUUUCAUAAAAUUAAUCAAAAACUAA